AAAAAAAAAAAAAAGUAAAAGUAAAAAAGUAAAAGUAAAAGACAAUAAGCUUUGUUUAAAUGAAGAAAGCAUAUAUUUUUUAAAGCAACAGUUGCAUUCAGGUGCACAAUGAAGGUUUGCUACAACAAAGAAAAUAUGACUUGAUGCGUUCAGGUGUAUUUCGUGAAUAACAACGGCCCCUUGUUAAAAUGAAAUCUCUUUAUUUCAAUGAACUGCUGGUGCAUACAGGUGCUCCCAGAAAGACGUCUUGUUUUAAAUGAAGAAAACCUAUUUUAAAAGAAGCUGGCGCGUUCGGGUGCACUCAGUAAAUGACAUCUAAAAUCCUGUUAAAAUAAAAGAAAACUUGUUUUUUUUUUUGACAGCCUGACACGAACAACUUGAAAACCGUGUUCAAAUAACGAAAGCAUUGAUUUGAACAGGCGGCCGAUGCGUUCAGUUGCACUCAGUAAAAGACACAGAGCCAAGAAAGCCCAUAUUUAGAGCACGUUUUUAGGUCCGUGUAAAGUGGAGGCCUUUAAAGCAACUGUUAACUCUUAUAUACUGUGCGUAUACGAAAGCUAAACCGUCUAUUUUCUCGCACAUGCAAUCAAUUCGUUGAUUUUAAUCCAAUCAAACGACGUGUCCGCUCUGCGGGCUGUCAGCAAGCGUGGUCGUUCGGCUGUCCGAGGGUCCUUGAAAGCAGCAGGCAGCCUGGCUCGCGGGAUGCAGUUGGUGCGUGAGUCUCAGUUGAGCUGCUUCAGUCCGUGCGGGGCUUCGCACCUGAGGCCUGCUUGCGCGUGGGUCGUGCGGAGGGACGAGCAAAAAAAAAAAAAAAAAAAAAAAAGUUGUAAAUUAUGUUCAAAAGGGGUCUUAGUGGAAGGUGAACGUGGAUGACGACGUCACGCGAGACUUUCCUUUUUGACUUGGCCGAUGGAUGGUUUUCAGUGGCCACGGUCGGUGUGACUUCUUCUUCUUCUUCUUCUGGGUGGAGUUGCAAGUGAACUUUUUUCUCUCAGACUUGCACAGGAGGCUGGACGUCAAGAAACACCAGCCUUUUGGUUUCGAUGGAGCCCACGAUGCGACUUCUGCUGGUCCUGCUGGUCCAGAGCGGGUCCCGCGUCCGCGCGGCGUCCAAGGCUAUCUCGUGCGAGCCCAUCGCGGUGCCCAUGUGCCGGGGCAUCGGCUACAACCUGACCCACAUGCCCAACCAGUUCAACCACGACACCCAGGAGGAGGUGGGCCUGGAGGUGCACCAGUUCUGGCCCCUGGUCCGCAUCCGUUGCUCCCCGGACUUGCUCUUCUUCCUGUGCAGCAUGUACACGCCCAUCUGCCUGCCCGACUACCGCAAGCCUCUGCCGCCGUGCCGGUCGGUUUGCGAGCGCGCCCAACGCGGGUGCUCGCCCCUCAUGAGCCAGUACGGCUUCGAAUGGCCCGAGCGGAUGAGUUGCGAGCGUUUGCCCCGACUGGGCGGCGACACCCUCUGCAUGGACCAGAACGGCAGCGAGGAGGCCACCAGCCCGCCGCCGCACCUCGCCAAAGCCACGCCCAGGAACCGCCCCAGAGCGGGCGCCCCGGCCCCGGCCCUGGCCCCGGCCCCGGCCCCGGCCCCGGCCCAGGGCGAGCGCGAGUGCCGCUGCCGGGACCCCCUGGUGCCCAUCAAAAGGGAGUCGCGGCUGCGCACGGGGGCGCUCCUCAACUGCGCCCAGCCGUGCCACCACGCCUACUUCUCGGAAGACGAGCGAACCUUCAGCGCCCUGUGGGUGGCGCUGUGGGCGCUGCUCUGCUUGAUGUCCACCCUCGCCACGGUGGCCACCUUCCUCCUGGACGUGCAGCGUUUCCAGUACCCAGAGCGACCCAUCAUCUUCCUGGCCGCUUGUUAUCUGUUCGUGUCGUCGGGGUACAUCAUCCGGCUGGUGGCGGGCCACGAGCGGGUGGCGUGCACCCCCCCGGGCGGGGCGGACCCCUCGCACAUCCUUUACGACACGGGCGGUCCCGCUUUGUGCACCGCGGUCUUCCUCCUGGUCUACUUCUUCGGCAUGGCCAGCUCCAUCUGGUGGGUGGUUCUGUCUUUCACGUGGUUCCUGGCCGCGGGCAUGAAGUGGGGCAGUGAGGCCAUCGCAGGGUACUGCCACUAUUUCCACUUGGCCGCCUGGCUGCUCCCCAGUGUCAAGACCGUCCUGGUUCUGGCACUCGGCGCCGUGGACGGGGACCCGGUGGCCGGCAUCUGCUACGUGGGCAACCAAAGCCUAGAGAACCUUCGGGGCUUCGUCCUGGCCCCCUUGGCGGUUUACCUGUUCGCCGGCUCGUUCUUCCUACUCGCCGGUUUCGUCUCUCUCUUCCGCAUCCGCAGCAUCAUCAAGCAGGGCGGCACAGAGACCGACAAACUGGAACGUCUCAUGAUCCGCAUCGGACUCUUUGGGGUGCUCUACACGGUGCCUGCCACGGUGGUGCUGGCCUGCCUGGUCUACGAGCAGCACCGCCGCCCCGACUGGGACCGGGCGCUAGCCUGUUCCACCGCUGCCGAGCGCCAGCGGGUGGGCGGUGGACCGGACUUCGCCGUCUUCAUGCUCAAGUACUUCAUGUGCUUGGUGGGGGGAAUCACCUCGGGGGUCUGGAUCUGGUCCGGGAAGACCUUGGAGACCUGGCGCAGGUUCCUGGCACGGUGCUGCCCCUGGUGGCCCCAUAAGGUGGCGGUGCCGCCAACCGUGAACACAGAGGCCGCCGCCUCUUUAACGGGACCGGUCCCCGGAAUGUACCAUAAAGCUCCGUCUCAUAUAUGACACUUGAAGUCCUUAAACCUGGGACGAGAAGUUCCAGAGCUUCAGGUCCAUGGAUCCAGACUGGAACCGAUACUUCCUCUGACGCACACACAGACUAAACUUUAUUUAUUGAUGUAAAUAUUGGGAGAAGUGACUAUCAAUAUCAUCAAUGUCCUGCCACUUUCCAAGUUUCCAAGUUCCAGAUCCAGGUCCUGAUUCUGGACUAUGAAUGUGUACAUAUAUGAAAAUGGCGUUGAACUUGAGCUUCUUGUUUCGCUGAUAGUUUUAAAGCAGAUUCCGGAACUGCUGCUGGCCGUCAGCGCCAUCUGCUGGUGGUAACGUGACUUGUUUUCUUUAUGGAAAUGGUUUUUACGGUAUGGAAAAUGGAUGGAUAUUUGGAUAAUACCGACGUCGACUCGACGUUAUGAAAGUUCCAGAAUCCUUCAUUUUCGAUACUGCUUCUCCUCACGUGGGUCGCGGGCGUGCUGGAGCCCAUCCCAGCUGUCUUCGGGCGAGAGGCACCCUGAACUGGUCGCCAGCCAAUCACAGGGGACAUAGAAACAAACAGCCAUCGGCACUCACAUUCAUACCUACGGGCAAUUCAGAGUCUUCAAUUAACCUAGAAUGCAUGUUUUUGGGAUGUGGGAGGAAACCGGAGUACCCGGAGAAAACCCACGCAGAGUUCCAGAAUCAGGUUUUAAAAAAUGAUUAAUAAUUUUCCUCUUUAAAUUCUGCAGUUGCUCCUCUUAAAUCGGGAUAAAUGUAAAUCGUCACUUGUGCAGGAGCAUUCCCCCCCCC